UGCAAAACUACAAGCUGGCAAUGCUCGAAGCUCGCUUUCGGCUGACUUCAGUCGUACAGUACAAUACAGUCGGGCUGCGACCAUCAUGGAUCGCAGUUGAACGGUCGCGGGUUGCGUGUGGCAUCUCUUGUAUCGUAAAAUAAUUUCAAGAUAUUAGUUUUUAAUAAUUUAAUUAAUGGACUUAGGGUUAAAUUUGUGUUUCUAAUAAUUAAAUUAUAUUCUUGAAAAUCACUAAAAUGGAUGUGAGAGAGUGUUGUCGUAUCGAACUGUCGCUUAACAAAAAAUCGAUUUUCGGAUUCAAUAUGAAGAGUCUUAUACUAUUUCUUUUGACUGUGUGUUUUUUGGCGGGAGCCAAUGCUGCCGAUACGGAAAUUUCGUGUACAAAUGUGAAAAAUAUGUUUGAAAAGAAAGGGAUGUCCGCGAUGGUAGAUAUUCAACCGCAGCCAAACUCAGAUGCAGAUCAGCUCUGCUUGAACCAUGGCUGUUGCGGGCCUAAUUCAAGGCAGAGGCUAACGCAACAGGCCCGGUCGCAGCUUGAGGCAGCGCUGCGCAGUGAACUCAGCAAAUUGUCUGACAUGCUGCUGAAUAGAGCCAACAAGUUCGAUGAAUUCUUCAGGAAGCUGCUCAAGCUGUCGCGAGAAGAGUUCCACGCGAUGUUCAAGAGAACCUACGGAAUGAUUUACGAACAGCAUUCCUACGUCUUUGAACAGUUAUUCGAACAACUCGAAAGGUACUACAGCCGAGGCGACACAAACUUUGACGCAAUGAUGGAUAGCUUCUUCGGAAUUCUGUACAAGAAGAUGUUCACGGUACUUAAUUCGCAGUACACGUUCGAUGAAAAAUACCUAAAAUGCGUGAACGAACAUAUGCGUGAGAUCCAGCCCUUCGAGGAUGUUCCCAAGAAGCUAUCAGUUCAACUCCGAAGGGCGGUGGUCGCCACCCGCACCUUCCACAAAGCGCUCCGAGCCGGCGCUGAUGUAGUACGCGACAUGACUCAGGCUGGUUUGACCCCGGAAUGCGCAACAGCUUGGACUAGGCUGAGGUACUGCGGCGCGUGCGGCGGACUCCAGGUCCCAGCCUGCUCCCGGUACUGUCACAACGUCAUCCGUGGAUGUCUGCCAGCUCACGCUGAUCUGGGCGAACAAUGGGAUGCAUAUGUCGACGCCGUAGACAAAGUAGCCGACCGACUCCUCGGCCCGUUCAACAUAGCUAUGGUGGUCGAACCGAUCGACAUCAAGAUAUCCGAAGCCAUCAUGAGUUUCCAAGAGCACAAUCGCGAAAUAUCACAGAGGAUAUUCACCGGUUGCGGAAAACCUGUCCUGGGUGGCGGAGGUGGCGCCGGACCGUUCUUCGCUUCUGAUCGAGCGAGGAGGUCACCUCGGGCGAUACCAGACUUUGACUGGAACCAGAAAGCGAACGACGUUGAUGACUUCGAGGUGGAAACUACCUUUGAAAGCUUGAUCAACGAUGAUCCACAGUUAGUUGGACUCAGGACUCCCGAGGGAAUCAAGAAAGCCACAGCGGAAAUGGCAGAACAGGCCAAACUUCGGGAUAGGUUCCUCCAGUACAUGAGAGGGAAUAUCGGUCUAGAAGAAUAUGAAGAGCACGAGAGGAAGAAACGUGACGCCGACCCCGACCCGGCGCCCGCGGGUGGUCUGGACAUUGAUUUCAGAAAUUACGAUUUCGAUAAGAAAUCGAAAAAGAAGAAACCUGCCGCCAAAUCCGAAGACAGUCACGGGUCAGACUGGGGCGGCCCGGCCCUAGAGCGGCUGGUCCGGGAGACGCGCACGCGGGUCCGCAACACGCGCCGCUACUGGCACCACCUGCCCGCGCUCAUGUGCUCCUCCACCAGCACGCCCAGCGCGCCCUGCUUCAACGGCUCCGCGGUCGCCAGUUACACCCUCAUCGCCGCCGGAGACGGCACUAUCGGCCUCGCUUCCAACCCUGAAGUCAAGGGCAAGGUCAGCCCCACCGCCGAGACGGUCGUGGCCGCAGAGAUCGAGACACUGAAGACCCUGACGGCGAGACUCAAGGAUGCCUUCAACGGCGUCGAAGUUCAGUGGACCGAUGCUGAGGAUAGAGAAAUGCAACCGGCCAGUUCAUCAGCGCAGGAGUACAUCGACGGGGCGGAGUCGGGUUCCGGGUCGGGCGACUUCGGCAAUGACGACGACCUGACCGACGACGAUGAUGAAGGCGAAGAUGAUUACGAGAGAGGUUCCGGCGAUUCAGCUGAAGAGGAAACGGUUGAGCCACCCACGGACGUGGAGCCGCCCAUGAAUCCGCCGCCGCCGCCGCCGCCGUCCACCACCACUACCAUCGAGCCGUACAUACCCGUCAUUGUAGACUCGCCUGCCACCAACAACGUGUUCGUCAGGCCCCGUCUCGACGACACGCCGAGAGCCAGCGACAUAGACAUCCCGCCCGAUACGAGCAGCGACAGAACCGAGGUUCAAGACACGUCGGCCAGGGAGCAGCCGGUCACCGACGCGGCCGACCGACCGUCGCUACAGAAAGCCCUCUUCACUUACGCUUUGCCCGUAGUGUGCGCGUGGUUCGGUACAAUAAUAACCGAUUUGUUCUAGAAGGUUCGAAGAUUCGAAACAGGAGCGGCGGUCGCGUUCAAUAUUCAAAAAACAAGUGACAGUCGCGGUCGUAAUCGUUCGAAAUAUAAAUGCAAAUCGCGUUCACUAUUCGAAUACGGAUUGACAGUUUUUGUGGAACAUGGCGGCGGCACGACCGCGCGCUUGGUGUCUGUAGCCUAGUCAGUGCGACGGCCGGGGGAGUGUAAGUACUGUGAUAAAAGUGUGGAGUGUUCCGUGAACUAAUGAACUAUCACUGUGACCGUUCAAAACGCGCCGAAACAUGCAACCAAUACAUAUUUAUUUUGAUUCGCUGACUCAAUUCAAUUAUGGAAUAAGUCGAAAAUGACAAUGGGUGAACAUGGAAAUGUAUAUAUAUACGAAAACGAAACAUUAUAUUUUUAAAGUGCAGUCAGCAUGCUUGUAAAAUCAUUUAGUACUUCUAUACAAAUUGUUCAGUUAUUGACUUAUGACACUAUUGGAAUAUGUCAGCUUGGUAUGAUUUCUUUCUAGAGUAUAUUAGCAUCAAUUUACAUACUUAAAAUAUUAGCAAGAGUUGAUGGAUUACUACAUAGGUACUUAAAAUAUUAGCAAAAAGGGGAUGUGAUUAUCUCUUUCGUAACUUUCUAAAGAAAUGUGCAAGUUCUAUUUGAAUUACUUUUUCAGUCUGGUAUAUUUUUAAUUUUUGGAUGUAAAUCAAAAUGAAUUAUGUAGCUGAUGGAUGAACUUUUGUUUUUAUUUUACUUUUUUUCUUUUUUGUCUAUGAAACUGUUUGGUAUAUCAUUUUUAAUUUUAUAUCCUAUGAGAGUGCAGAGUGUCAUUGUACAAUGUAAAUAGUUCACUCGAUGUUUAAUAAUGAAAUAUUUAAUAAUUUAUGAAGAAUAUAAUGCAGAACUUUAAAAUAUCAUGCAUCAUAUAUUUAUAAAGUUUGAUAUCGAACAAAAAUUUUGUUUUCUUGAAGUCAAAUUUUAAAAUGAAACUUUUGUUUUUUGACAGUCUCUUAUUUAACUUUGAUGCAUUUUUCAUUAUUAUUAUCAUCGCAUUUAACAAAAUUCUAAAGACUUAAUUUAAUGGGCUCGUCAAGAACAUGUAUAUAAAACAUAGUCAUGUAACUUUAAGCUAAGUUAAGACUGAUUUGCUUUUUUUUUAUAAAUUAAUAAAACCAAUUUCAUUAUUCUAUCGUUCAAUUUAAAGUUUGUAUCUACGGAUUUAUGUUUAGAGUCGACCUGCAGUCAUCUAACAAACGUUUUGUUCGGCAGUCUCAGAUCAUAGACCACUGCUGCAUUAUAAGAAUAAAAAACACAUUCAAUAUCAAAGUUUGGUUAGCGGAUACAAUGCGAUAUGUGAUCCACAAUUGAAAAAUGGUAAACAAUGAACGAUUUCACGUUGACUAAGACAAUAAGAGGAUAUUUGUCUAAAUUGUGACGCGAGCUAUAGAUUCAAAACUUAUUCAAACACCCAUUUGUGAAGAUUGGCCGUAUUAAUUUUGUCGGAUCUUAUAAGAGUUACUUCAGAAAAAAGAUCCGAAAUUUUUAAACUAAUGUUCAUAAAUUUGUGUUCGGGAGCCAUAGCACUCGGAUCAGAUAAACGUGGAGGUCGUGAACAAAUUCAAAAUUUAAAUUUAUUUAAGAAACCUUGUUUUACUCUGAGACUGAGCGUUUUAGCAGUGCGUUUACAGUUAAAAUAAAAAUCACUAAAUGUAAAAUUUAUACCUGUCAAACGAGCCAAUCGACAAAUGUAAAAUUAUGUCAACAGUCAAACUGAAAACAAUUAAGCAAAGAAAUAGAUUCCAAACUAUCCACAGGCAGCUUUAAUUUACUUUUCUGGUUUAAACUUUACAUAACUUGUUGUUGAACGGUACAAAAAUGAAGAACGUACUUUCUGUAUUUGAUUUUUAAAUUAUGAUUUUGUUAAUUCAGUGUAUAAUACGGCUUCAGCUAAGUAAGUAAAUUUUUUUCAAUGCUUCAUUUCGCGAUCAAUGUAAAAUAUAAAGGCAACUUGUUAAAUAAGCCCGACAAUGAUGCUUUGAAAAUUAUUUUAAUUUUAUACAUAGUUUUAUAUAUGAAUAUGAAUAUACUAAAUAUACGUAAUUUCUGUGUGUAGUAGGUAGUUAGAAAAAAAUUGACAUAAAGUAUAACGCCUAGAUUUUGUACAGAUAUUUGUUUGUUUAGUGUUUUAUACCUUGCUAAUAUCAUAAAUGUAACGCACAACUACAUUCGUUUGAAUGAUUAUAUCUCUCUAGACCACUGAUAUUAUCUAUUGAAAUAAAUAAAAAUAAUUGUCAAACAAUAAAGUAUUAUAGAAAUGUCGAACAAUAAUUAAAUGUUUACAAUAAAUUAAAAUUUGUUUGACAACUAAGCUCAUGCUUAUACCGUUCCGUUGCACGAUAAUCUGUUCAUUCUUUGCACGACAAUAAAGUUUCAUUUUACUGCGAGAAUGUUGCGAGUACCGGGACCAAUGCCUGUGAGUAGACACUAUGUGCCAUCUAUUUAAUUAUUAAUUUAAUAGUCAAAUUGUAUCUUUUUAAUUGAGAAACGCAGGAACGGUCCUAUAUAGUUAAUAAAUACUUGACUAUUUUCAUUUUGUAGCCCGUAACCUUGACAACUUUUUUUUUCUUGUGGUGGUUUUGUCAAUCGUUGACCAAUUUUUAACAAUCUAACAUAAUUUAACAGGCAAAAUAGAUAUUGUAAAGAAUAUGUUUAGAAUUCACGAUUACUUCAGAGUGGCAAAAUUAUAUUCCGUGAAGUGUGCUUACGGAUCACUGUAUGAAUAUGUACGAGGUCUUGAAAAUAAAUCGGUUUUGAUUCAUUAAUAACAAGAUGAUAGUUUUUGAUGAUUUUGAGUUUUGUUCCUUGAUGGACUAGGUAUUGUUUUUUGCCUUAUUUUAUUAAUUAAAAAUAUUCAAAUACUGGAUCAAAAUGUACGAAACACGUACGUUUUAGUAUAAAUGAAAGUUAUCUCAAGAUUACAUUGCAUUGUAACUGUCUGCGACCAUUAUAAAUAUUUAUAGAUUUUCUAAUUGUCCCUGUAUAUACGAACAUACAGUCUACCUGAUGCCAAGUGGUUACUGUCGCUAAUGGACGUCAGAAAUGUCAAUAUAUACUUUAAACUUAUUAUUAAAAUAAAUAUAACAUACUACGUUUUGUAA